GUCAGUUAUAAAGUGUCAGGUCAGAUUCGAUCGGAUCGGAAAACAAACUGCAUGCAAGCUACAGUUAGAUCCGUUCAAGUUCAGCAAGACACCAGUGUGUUUUCCGCGAGUUAUCUUCCUCUUUGGUAGCGGUUUAACCAUGUGGAAUACGCCGUUUGUAUACUUGAGUGCGGUAUUGAUCGUUCUGGCCGCCUACUACCGAUGGUCUCGCCGGAAGAUGCUGGCCUGUGUGGCAAACAUGAAUGGACCGCCAGCAUUACCAUUGAUUGGACAUGGAUAUAUACUGCUGAAAUAUACAUCCGCAGAAGUAAUCUUUGAAAAUAUGGAUAAACUUAGCAGCACGUAUCCAUCUCCGCUCUGCAUACACUUCGGCCCUUUGGUGCACGUUGUCGUUUAUACACCCGAAGAGCUACAGAUCGUUUUUAACUCUCCGCAUUGCCUCGAUAAAUCGAUACAAUAUCAUUUUCUUCAUGUCAGCAAAGGAAUUUUCGCCUCACCGACUCACAUCUGGAAAGGUCAAAGGAAGUUACUGAACGUUUCUUUUGGACCAGCCAAUCUGAACAGUUUUGUGAGUAUUUUCAAUGAAAAAAGUGCACUCUUCACCGAGCUGAUGCAGAAGCACGUUGGGAAAGGAGAACGUAACUUCAAUCAUGAAAUCGCGCUAUGCAUGCUGGACACAAUUUACUCUACCGCUUUUGGAGUAAACUUCGACAUGCAGCGAACACCGGAUGGAGAAUAUUAUUUGGGACUACAAGAAGAGUUCCUGGAUCUUAUAACGAAAAGAAUUUUCUCAAUAACUAUGUAUCCUGAGUUCAUUUAUCGUAUGACAAAGGCAUACAAAAGAGAAACAAAAAUUCUGCAGGAAGCCCGAUUGUUAUCGACAAAAGUGAUGGAUGCUCGAAAAGCAGAUUCAAUUACGGCUUCUAGUCGUGACACACAAUCCGAUUCUGGCCUGAAUGGCAAGAAACCACAGAUUUUCUUGGAUAAACUACUAGAGUUGGCAAAGGAAAACGAUCAGUUUUUGAAAGAAGAUAUUCCGGAACAUCUGGAUACGAUCAUAUUUGCUGGAAACGACACAACUGCAACUACUAUGAGUAAUAUAUUGCUGAUGUUGGCUAUUCAUCCUGAUAUUCAAGAACGAGUCUACCAGGAAGUGAUGGAAGCUUGUCCCGAAGAAAACCAAUUUGUUUCAAUAGAAGAUGUUGCAAAGCUGUCUUACACGGAGAUGGUUUGCAAAGAGGCAAUGAGACUGUAUCCCGUAGGUGCUGCUAUUGGGAGAGUAGCAACAAGUGAUAUCAAGCUUGACGAUCGCAACACCAUCCCAGCAAACGCAGUAAUAGUCUGUGGCAUCUAUCAAGUCCACAUGGAUCCAAAGCAAUGGGGUCCAAACACGGAUAAAUUUAAUCCGGAUCGAUUUCUUCCGGAGAAUGUAGCAAGAAGACACCCGUACGCGUUCCUUCCGUUUAGCGGUGGACCUCGGAACUGCUUAGGUAUCAGAUAUGCUUGGCUUUCGAUGAAAAUCAUGAUCGUACAUUUGCUAAGAAAGUAUCGUCUCACCACAUCCUUGACAAUGGACGACGUUGUCAUAAAAUUCACGGUUCUUUUAAAAGUGGCAAACGGCUGUCAGAUCGCGCUGGAGAAGCGUUAGAAAAUCUCGGAGGAAGGAAAAGCACAGAAGCGUAGAAGAUCAGCCAGAAGUUCCUAAUAAAUAUGUGUAAAUAAAUAGAAUUAAAAGUGAUUUUACUGCUGUACUACGGAUACAAGGCCUCAAAUUCAAUGAAUCAAUUUUAACUAAUAAAUUAACUUUUUGCUAUGCAGCCCAGUCUCUGAGCAGAACGUGGAAAUUUUACAA